AUGGCUUUGGUAUUGCGUUCAGCAUCAUCACCGUCGUUUUCACCACGUAAUUUAUUAUUUCUGUUUCUGAUCAUCCUUAUAGCAUUAGUUAUUAUACUCUAUUCGAUCUCCAAGAGACAUUUCACAAUAACUGCAUCUCCGAUAGAGGUUUCAGCUGACAAUGUAGUCAAAAUUGGUGAUAGUGACAACAAAAUCAAAGCAGCCUCAGAAAUGCCUGUUAAAAAAGAUUUAGCUUUCUGGUCUAGUGAUUUACAUGAUGGAUGUCGAGCAGACACAGCAAGUCUAUUGCAAUAUUUGAAUCAAACUGUGAUCUUAGCCGGCCAGAAACGUCGGGCAAAUCCUUACGCAAAACUCAUAUUCACUCUUCCGAAUAUCAUUUUUGCACACGAAAAACGUGCACUGGCAUCAGUUAUCGAGUCUCACAUUGCUCACUCAACCUCUCUAUCAGAAGCCGAUAUAAAAUCAUUCCACUCCUAUUAUGCACUAGAUCCUCUCAUGGCGAGUGUAGAUGCAUUCUAUUGCUCGUUCCCAGCUUCUUUCUGCGAAGCUUAUAUGCCAUUCAACAAAUCCAUUAUAUGGCUACCAGCACAUCGAUUUACUCUAGGACGGUGUUCAAAAAAAGAAUUCAAAAGACUAAUUACGCAUCUUCAAUUAUCUGCUCAAGAUAGUCCUAAUCGUCCAAAACAUUUUGUAGCGGCUGGAGGGCGUUAUGACUUAGAAUAUAUCAAAUAUUAUACAGGUCUAGAUGCAAUAUUUUUGCCAGUAAAUUCACUGUUUUACGCGUAUAACGUUGGAAAAUUUACUCAAAGCCGAGCGGAAAUAUUAGUUGGACCACUACGAGUCAGAGACAGUCCUUGGUUUGUACAUAUGAGAAACGCUUCCGCUCGAGCACCGAGUAACAUACCGAAGUUCGUGUUUUCCACAGCUAUAUUACUAUAUGACUUUUAUUCAUUAGAACAAUUGUCUGCUCAUCGUGUCGUUGUCGUCUUGCCCUAUGCUGUUCUUAGUUAUGGUAUUACGGAACUGUAUACCGUAGGCAUUCCGAUGUUUAUACCCUCGAUUGAAUUCAUAGUUCAACUAGCCAUUGUUAGAGACAGAAUAUUACCACACAAAGAUAUCUGUGCGCAAUUAAAGUUCGAACAUUUACCACCACAGCAUCCAAAGUCAAAUCAUCCCUAUUCACCAGAUUUAUCUCCAGACGUCGAUAUCGAAGCAUUUAAAUACUGGAUCAAAUUCGCCGAUUACUACCAGCUUCCUUACAUUCAGACAUUUGACUCGUGGGAUGAUUUGAUCAUGAAGUUAGCAAACACAAAUUUUCAGCUUGUACAUGAUCAAAUGAUGACGGAAAAUGAGAAAAGACGCAGUUAUCUCAUAGCUGAAUGGACAAAAAUAAUAGAGAAAAUUGAACCCAAUAGAAUAGUACCGAAGGAUUAUCAGCAAGCGAUCGCAACGUUGUGGGGUAAAAAAAGACUACAAGCAUUAUAA